AUGAGCACUAUCGGAUGUCGACUGGCCGGUCAGGUGGCAGUGAUUACGGGCGCUGCUGGUGGCAUUGGUCGCAAAUCGGCCAUUUUAUUUGCCAAAGAAGGCGCCAAGGGAGUCGUAUGCGCCGACGUGAAUGCAAACGCUGCAGCUGAGACUGUACAGCUCGUGCACGAAGAGCUUCGAAAGCUAGGCAAGAAUGACACGGUUGCCCUCGCCGUCAAGGCUGACGUGUCCAAGGCUAAAGAUGUGGAAAAUAUGGUUAAUGUGGCUGAAAAGGAGUUUGGCGCUCUAAAUGUACUCUUUAAUAACGCCGGCAUCAUGCAUAGCGCCGACGACGAUGCCAUCACUACACCAGAGGAUGUGUGGGACCUCACAAUGAACAUUAACGUCAAAGGUGUUUUUCUCGGCUGCAAGUACGGUAUUUCGGCCAUGCGUCGCGCUGGUGGAGGUUCUAUCAUCAAUACGGCCUCGUUUGUGGGUAUUCUGGGCGCGGCCACUCCCCAACUCGCCUACACGUCCAGCAAGGGCGCUGUUAUCGCAAUGUCACGCGAAUUGGCAACAAUUCAUGCUCGUGAGAACAUUCGUGUGAACGCUUUGUGCCCGGGACCGCUCAACACCGAACUGCUGCAAAAGUUUCUUGACACGGAGGAAAAGAAGCAACGUCGUCUGGUGCACGUACCCAUGGGACGCUUCGGAGAAGCUGCAGAAAUGGCCAAGGCCGCACUAUUCCUUGCUAGUGAUGACGCGUCUUACAUCACUGGCACGUCGUUUGUCGUUGAUGGCGGUAUUACAUCUGCUUACGUGACAAGCGAGGGCCAAGUUAAUCCUUUUGGAGGCCCUGGCGAGGUUUAA